AUGGGUCUAAAUAUGGAAAUAGAUUUGGGUGUGCAGGAAUUAAUUGUGUUGGGAGAUUCUGAUUUGCUUAUCCGACAAGAUCAAGGCGAAUGGAAAACACGAGAUCUCAAGCUCCUUCCAUAUAGACAAUGUGUGGAAGAUCUUAGCAAAAGGUUCAGGUACAUCGAGUUAAGAUACAUUCCCAGGUUUCAUAAUGAUUUGGCCGAUGCCCUGGCUACUUCGGCCUCAAUGCUUCCCUAUCCUGGAAACACUUACAUCACCCCAUUAGAGAUUCAAGUUCGGGACCAACAUGGCUAUUGUAAUACAAUGGAAGUAGAACCUGAUGGUGAGCCAUGGUACUCAGACAUCAAGAAUUUUUUGAAGACAGGGAGAUGCCCCGAACAUGCCAACAAAAGCCAAAAAAGAAAUAUUAGACGUCUGGCUAAUGGUUUCUUUUUGAGCGGGGAUGUUUUGUAUAAACGAACUCCGGAUUUGAAUUUAUUGAGAUGUUUGGAUGCUGAAGAAGCCGAGACAAUUAUGAAUGAAGUGCACGCUGGGGUAUGUGGACCACACAUGAACGGAUAUGUCCUUGCAAAAAAGAUACUCCGUGCGGGGUAUUAUUGGCUUACCAUGGAAAGAGAUUGCUUCACUUUGUGAAAAAAUGUCAUCAAUGUAAAAUCCAUGGAGAUCUCAUACAUCCACCUCAUUCAGAGUUGCACCCCAUGGCUGCUCGUUGGCCCGUUGUUGCAUGGGGAAUAGAUGUAAUCGGACCAAUUGAGCCCAAAGCCUCUAAUGGACAUCGAUUCAUUUUGGUUACAAUUGAUUACUUCACCAAAUGGGUGGAGGCGAUAACUUUCAAAGCAGUCACUAAG